GAGCUGUUCAUCUCAAGCCGCAUGCUCCUCAGAUGCUCCUUACAUCUAUGCUUUGUAGGCGAAUAAGGAGACUGUCGCUACCCUGCUAAGUUCUCACAAUGCCUCUUAGCUCGAAGACCCGCCUGUUUCUCUCUUAUGCUGUUGAUUGGUAUGGCUUCUCUCAUACCGUAUCUGCAAAACCUGUAUCCUCGGCUCAGGGUUCGAAAGCAGGCUGGAGGCAGCCAAAGCAGUCCAGAGAGCAUGCUGCUUCCACUGCUGUUUACUGCUGUCCAAUCGUCCUUCCUCUUGCGAGCAUGCAGGACUAUACUCAUUGUAGUGGCUCUCUUCGCUCAUUUCUACUUGAACCGUCUGCAACAGUUUCCUGAGUUUGACCUGACCGAUACAUCCAUCCAGUAUUCAAUUAAAGAGGUACAAACAGUUUCGAACGGGCUAUUGAUCGCUGUCUUGGUUAUUCCAUAUUUGUCCAUCGUUGCCGGCAAUCUCUUGUUCAACUUCCGGGAUUGGUGGGAUCUACAUGCUAGUUUAUUGGGCUUAUCGAUUAGCUAUUCUGCUUCUGGUAGUUUCGUUCAAUUCGUUCGUGUUACUGCCGGAAGGCCGCGGCCAGACUUCAUUGCGAGAUGCGAUCCAGCUGCAGGCUCCGUGAACAGUGCAUUUUUUGGCCUGACGAACAUCACAAUAUGUCAGAGCACGGACUCCGCAUUCAUCAAAGACGGAAUGCGAAGCUUCUUCAGUGGUCAUGCCAUCCUUUCCGCUGCAGGGCUUGGUUUCAUGAGCUUGUAUUGGGGUGGGAAAUUGCAUUUGUUCAAUCAAAAGGCAUACACCUACAAAGUGUGGCUGGUCUUCUCCCCACUAAUCCUUUCAAUCUGGAUCUGUUUGACUCGCGUCGCGGAUCGCAGACAUCACUGGAACGACGUGGCGUUAGGGUUCUUUCUUGGCCUACUUUUCACUUAUAUAAUUUACAGGCAAUUCUACCCCUCACUUGGCGAUCCAGAAUGCGAUAUACCUUUUCGUCCGAGGGUCAUGUCUGCGGAGCCCGAAGAUACUCGUGGUGGAUCUACCGGUUUGCGGCUCCCUACUCGUAGGCCCGGCUGGAUGCGGCUAGGUGGCUCUGCUAACAGAGGUCCGGAAGGAGAGCUUGAGUCCCUUGGAUUCAUGACUACCCCUUUCGAUUCAAGACACGACAGCAGAGAACGGCGCAGAGAAUUAUCCUCUGAACCGAAGAACUUCAAUACCUCCAACAACAUCGUGAAGUCCUCUUUUAUUACUCUUGAUGAAUCUGUACGCUGUCUCUAA